AUGCACUCGGGUGCAUCGGGUGCCCUGCUGCCAGCCUUGGGCGAUGCUCUGUGGACAGUGGCUGCCGUGGCUGCACCGCGAGAUCUCUGCAGGCUUGCACACGUCUCCCCUGCCGUGAAUGCCCUUCUUUCUCCCGUUGCUGAGAGAACUGCGAGGAUCUCUGAGCUUACAAGCUCUCUGACCCGCCUGCCUGUUCAAUUCGCUUUUCCGCUGGCCAGCUUGGGCCAAAAAUGGCUCGAGGAAGCCUUAGCGCAGUUCAGCGCGCUGAAACUGUUGCGCUGGCGCGAAAAGGCAGGUCAGCUGGCAGGUUGGGUUCCCACGGAGGAGGACCAUUGGCCCGCAUUCCACUCCCGCGCAGCCCUGCUUAGUGCUAUCGCGGCGAUUCAGCUUGCGGCUACUUCCAGCCCAAGCAAUUUGCUCUUUGCUGCAGUCCUGAGGUUGCAGCAAAUGCAGCAAGGCGUAGAGUCAGAAGUAGGGAGGCCAGAGGAGAUGAAGACCGCGCCUUUGGCCUUUGAGUGGGCUGAUGGACCAGCUGCGGAUCCUUUACAAAUGGCACUGCAGCUGAGCUUCAUCGAAGAAGAUGUGGUGCUCAACCUCGAGAUGAUCUCAGGUGGCUGGUCGGAUUGGUCAGACAGCUGGUCUACGAAAUCUGGUACCCUGGAAGCUGCUGUAACUUUGGUGCUUAUGCUGCCAGACGAGAGCCAUCUUCGGUUAGAAUCUACUGUUGGCAGCGGCUGCACCCUGGUGGCCACGCCAACACUAGAUAUCCAUUCCCUCCGAAGCCAUCUCGAGAGAGGCGUGCCUGCUGUCGUUUCAUUGGCCUCGAUUCGGUGGGGCAAAGAGAGACCUCCCUGGCGACCCAGAGAACUUCGUCGCAUCGAACGGAAGGCCUCAAGUGGAGCUGAAUGA